AUGAAUUCGACAUCGACACAUUUCGUGCCACCUAGAAGAGUUGGUAUAUACGAACCUCUACAUCAAAUUGGUAUGUGGGGAGAAACUUUCAAGAGCAACAAUAUUGGCAAUGGGAAUAUGAACACACCAAGCCACAUUAUUAUACCGAAUAAUCAGAAAGUAGACAAUAACUUGUCAGAGGAUACGUCCCAUGGAACAGCAGGAACUCCUCACAUGUUUGAUCAAGAAGCUUCCACGUCUAGAAAUCCCGAUAAGAUACAGAGACGGCUUGCGCAAAACCGUGAGGCUGCUAGGAAAAGUCGUUUGCGCAAGAAGGCUUAUGUUCAGCAGCUGGAAACAAGUAGGUUAAAGCUAAUUCAGUUAGAGCAAGAACUCGAUCGCGCUAGACAACAGGGAUUCUACGUUGGGAAUGGAAUAGAUACUAAUUCACUCGGUUUCUCGGAAACUAUGAAUCCAGGGAUUGCUGCGUUUGAGAUGGAAUAUGGACAUUGGGUUGAAGAACAAGAUAGACAGAUAUGCGAACUGAGAACGGUUUUGCAUGGUCACGUUAGCGAUGUCGAGCUUCGUUUGCUAGUCGAAACCGCCAUGAAACAUUACUUUGAGCUUUUCCGGAUGAAAUCAUCCGCUGCAAAAGCCGAUGUUUUCUUCGUCAUGUCAGGGAUGUGGAAAACUUCAGCAGAACGGUUUUUCUUGUGGAUUGGCGGAUUUCGGCCGUCGGAUCUUCUCAAGGUUCUUUUGCCACAUUUUGAUAUCAUGACGGAUCAACAGAUUUUCGAUGUAUGCAAUCUAAGACAAUCAUGUGAGCAAGCGGAAGACGCGUUGUCUCAAGGUAUGGGGAAGCUGCAACACACGCUCGCGGAUUGCGUUGCAGCGGGACAUCUCGGUGAAGGAAAUUACAUUCCACAAGUGAAUUCUGCAAUGGAAAGAUUAGAAGCUUUGGUAAGCUUUGUAAAUCAGGCUGAUCACUUGAGACAUGAGACAUUGCAACAAAUGCAUCGGAUUUUGACCACGCGACAAGCGGCUAGAGGAUUACUGGCUCUUGGUGAGUAUUUUCAACGACUUAGAGCCUUAAGCUCGAGCUGGGCGACUCGACAUCGUGAACCAACGUAG